AAAUUGAUUACACCAACAAAACAAAAUCGAUUUGUAUUAAAAAGAAAAUCACCAAAUAUUGAAAAACAAUUAUCACCAACUGAUAAUUCAAAUAUGAAAAUAUUUGAACAAGAUGCAGAAACUUCUGAAUCUUCAUCAACAUUAACAAUUCAAGCUAAAUCACCAGUACUUCAAUUACCUCAAAAUCUUCGAAAUCAUUUUGCUAAACAAACUACAUCACAAAUGGUUCGUCUAACAUGA